UAAAUAUGUGUUUGUCUUUUUAUGGAUAGGAAGUUCAUGUAGGUCUGUGGAAGACGUGUGGAAAGCACAGUACUGGACCGCAGGCGUGCGUAACGUAUGAUGGCUCCAUGAUAUCCUCUGAAAUGCAGGCCUUCAGGGCCUUGACCGUCAUCAGUUGCAUGCUGGGUAUUCUCAGCCUCCUCCUCCUGAUCUUUGGUUCCGACUUCACCCCAUGUGUUCAGAAUGAAAACACCAAACCCAAAAUGAUCCUGGCGGCCGGAGUGGGCCUGCUGCUGACCGGCCUGCUGGUGAUCAUCCCGGUCAGCUGGGAGACACAUGAUAUGAGAAAUGCACCAGAGGGACUGAUGCUGGGAGCGAGCAUCUAUAUCGGCUUUAUAGCUGGUUUGAUGUUGAUGCUGACUGGAGGUCUGCUCUGCUACUUAAGCAGAUCCAGCAGCUCUGGAGGAACCACCAGCUUCUUCAGCAACAGAGUUUAAGCUA